ACAAAAACAAAUUUAAUGAAAUUUAAGUAAUUUUACAGGGCGAGCUUCAGUCGGUCCGUCCUGUAAAACAGUUUUCUGUCUGUAAAUACUGUCAUUUCAGUUCCACCAAUCAUAAUAGCUCACGGUCUGAGUUCGGAAUUCUCUCUCUAUAGGCGGUUCCUGAUGGCGGAGAAAAGCAAGAUUCUGGUCAUCGGCGGCACAGGAUACAUCGGAAAAUUCAUAGUGGAGGCCGCCGCCAAGUCUGGUCACCCCACAUAUCUUCUCGUUAGAGAAGCCACUCUCUCUAACCCCGCAAAAUCCAACAUAAUCGAGAACUUAAAAAACUCAGGGGUCAAAUUCGUCAUCGGAGAUAUUUAUGAUCACCAGAGUUUGGUGAAGGCUAUAAAAGAGGUGGAUGUGGUGAUUUCAACAGUAGGACAUGGUCAGUUGGCGGAUCAGGAUAAGAUCAUUUCUGCCAUUAAAGAAGCUGGUAAUGUUAAGCUCGCCUUCACUACAAAAAACCUUUUCAGUGACAACAACAGUUAUAGGGAACUCUCAGAGAUUGCAGAGGAGACUAAACACCGGGCUGAGGUUAUCAGGCCGAGGGAGCUUACACUCAAGGAACAUGUUGAAUCAGUUGUUAAGCUGAGGGGACUUGACAUUGAUACGGUAGCCUUUGAUGCAUCCACAGUGGAGAAUUUUCUGCAAGAGUGGGACAAGGAGAAGCCGGUGAGAUGCACUGCUCAGCAGCUGGAUGACUUUACAAGCAAUUACUCAAAAAGGUUGGGGUCUGGAGCAUAUGGGGAUGUUUAUGAAGGGCAGUUUCCAAAUGGAGUCAAGAUUGCAGUGAAGUUGCUCAAGGAAAAAUACGAGGGAGCAGCAAAAAAGCAGUUCAUGGCAGAGAUAGGCACACUUGGAAGAACACACCACAUUAAUUUGGUUAGACUUUAUGGUUUUUGCUAUGAUGGAAAUACAAGUGCGCUUGUAUAUGAAUUCAUGGAAAAUGGAUCGCUUGAUAAUUACUUGUUUGGGAAGAAGGAGAUGAUUGAGUGGGAAAAAUUACAUGUAAUAGCGGUGGGGAUAGCCAAAGGAAUUGCUUAUUUGCAUCAAGACUGUCAACAGAGAAUUAUUCACUAUGAUAUAAAGCCAGCCAAUAUUCUACUUGAUGCGAACUUCCUCCCUAAAGUUUCAGAUUUUGGGCUUGCAAAGCUUUGCAACAGGGACAGCACUCAUGAUUCAGUUACCGGAUUCAAGGGAACCCUUGGUUACUCUGCCCCGGAUUUUUUUCUGAGAAAUCCCAUAACUUACAAAUGUGAUGUGUAUAGUUUUGGAAUGUUGUUGUUUGAGAUAGUUGGGAUGAGGAAAAACAAGGUUAGUAGUUCCUCUGAAAGCCUAGAUUGGUUUCCGAAAGUUGUGUUGGAUAAGUACCAGAAGGGUGAAUUGGCUGAACUAAUAAUAAGUUGUGGGAUUAAAAAGGAGGAUAUGGAAAAGGCAGAGAGAAUGUCAUUAGUGGCAUUGUGGUGUGUUCAAGACUCGCCAGGAGCUAGGCCACCAAUGAAUGCCGUGGUAAAGAUGCUGGAAGGAGGAGUGGAGAUCAUGCCACCUCCUAAACCCACUCAUUUUCUGUUCUCAUCAUUUGGGACAAGUGCAGUCAAGCCACCAAAUGCUGCCACUGGUUCGAGCUCCUCCUCGAGUGAAGAAUCCGCUUCUUAUUGGUAUAAAGAGAGUCAAGAGACCACUUCAAUCAUGACCAAGUAUGAAAUAUAAGUGGCCAUUAGUUAACAAGACUAAAAUCCUGUUUCCAGAAAGUUUAUGUUUUGUCUUGAUUUUUGUUAUUAUAAAGUUUCUCGUCUUCU